UGAUAACCUGGCAACACACACCCACACACACACACACACACUGCUUUCAACGAAGACAGUCAUAUUAGUAAUUAUAACGCACCUCUGUACGUACUGAUGAAAGGUUCAGAGGGCGGCUGCAUGGCUACAGUUGCUGCUCACAAACCUGCACGCGUUCAUUUGUGUGAGAAGCAGCGCGCAUCUCUCCAGAGGCGCACAGGAGCUCCGCGCUGGAUAUCCUCUGCGCUCGUACUGCGCAUCUUAAAGCUGAGAAAUCUUCGUCGGAUUGACGCCGUCCUGUUGGGAUGGAGGACACAGGCAGCGGCUGGGCAGCAGAGCUCACCCCCCCAUAUGUGAUGCCUGAUGUGAAUGGGAAUGACAGCGGUCAGGUGUUUGAGGUGGCGUUGCAGAACGGCUCCUCCAAGCGCAGCUCCCAGUUUGUGGGCGUGGAGCUGCUGCAGUCUUUCAAGCUGCUCAUCAUUCCCUGUUACGCUCUGGUGGCCCUGGUGGGCGUCUUUGGCAACUAUCUGCUCCUCUAUGUCAUCUGCCGCACUCGCAAGAUGCACAAUGUCACCAACUUCUUCAUUGGAAACCUGGCCUUCUCUGAUAUGCUGAUGUGUGCCACGUGUGUCCCCUUCACGCUGGCGUACGCCUUCAACCCACAUGGCUGGGUCUUUGGCCGCUUCAUGUGCUACCUGGUGUACCUCAUCCAGCCGGUGACGGUGUACGUGUCGGUCUUCACUCUCACUGCCAUCGGUGUGGACAGAUAUUAUGCCACAGUGCACCCUCUGAAAAAGCGCAUCUCAGUCUUGGCGUGCACCUACCUCCUGUCUGGGAUCUGGCUGCUGUCCUGUGGCCUGGUGGCUCCGGCUGUGGCUCACACCUACCAUGUGGAGUUCAAGAAGGAAGGCUUCACCAUCUGCGAGGAGUUCUGGAUGGGCCAGGAGAGGGAGCGGCUGGCUUACGCCUACAGCACCCUCUUCAUCACCUACGUUCUGCCUCUGUCAGCGCUCUGCAUCUCCUACCUGUGCAUCUCUGUCAAACUGCGGAACUGUGUCGUGCCUGGACACCACACCCAGAGCCAGGCCGAGGCCCAGCGCAUGCGCAAACGCAAGACCUUCCGGCUGGUGAGCCUGGUGGUGGCAGCAUUUGGCAUCUGCUGGAUGCCCAUCAGUGUGUUCAAUGUUCUGCGUGACAUUGACAUUGAUCUGAUCGACAAGCGGUACUUUCUGCUCAUUCAGCUGCUGUGUCAUCUGUGUGCGAUGAGCUCAUCCUGCUGUAACCCUUUCCUCUACGCCUGGCUGCAUGGCCGCUUCCGUGCUGAGCUGCGCAAAAUGUUCACAUGUCGCCGUCGCAUUGGCAUUUCGGCCAACAACUGUGCAACAGCCAGCGUGGUUUUGUGAAGCUCCCGUGUUUUAUGCUGUAAAAACACACUCAUCACAGGAUAAUGUGACCAUUGCUGCAUGGUGAUCUGGCUUUUACGUAAAAUAAUUUAGUACAUGUCAGAAAGUUUCCCCUGAUAUUUACUAUUAUGCUUAAAGGAGAACUCCACUGAUUUAGAUUUGUGCUGCAGAGGGGUUUUUCCCUCUUACCAAAUCUUGGUGCCUUGAGUUGAGAUGAGCCGAUGGCACAAACAAAUGAGUUUGAGUAUCUUGGGAUCUCAUUCAUAAGUGAUGCAAAAUGGCAUGUGAGAUGGACAGACUGAUUGGUGCAGUUGAGCCAAGGCAGCAAAGCUCUUGGUUUAGGAGUCGGUCUACAUUCCAACCCUGUACAAUGGCCAUGAACUCUGGGUGGAGACAGAUAGAAUGAUAAUGCAGAUCAGAUGCAAGUGGCUGAAAUGGUUUUCCUUUGUAGGGUGGGCUCAGGCUUAGAUGUAGGGUAAGAAGCUCUGAUAUCCAUUAGGGAACUCCUUUGUGUCAAAAGGAGCCAGCUGAGGUGAUUUGGGGGAGAUCUGGAAACAAAGGGAACUCAACCACCAAAAUCUGGUCAAAGAUUUGGGUGUGUUACUAGCAGCUGUUCAUGUGUCCUUCAAGCAAAGCUGAUGUAGUGAGCAGUUCACUAGAAUCACUUCAUUAAAAUGAUUGAUUUAAAAGAUUCAUCCACAAAUCUUUGCAGCGUGUGACCACAGCUCCCAAUUACUGAACUCAAACUUGGUAGAAAUGAAUAUAUUCCUCAUGAUCCAGAACCAGAAGCGCUGUUGCUUUGACAAACAUAGCAAAACCUGUUUAUAAAUCUUAAUAUUUUAACAGCUUCCCUGCAUAAUAUUGGAGAUGAACACUGGUUGUGAUAUUCUUUUUUAGUGCUCUUCAUGUUGGCAUUACUCUUGACCUUGCUGAGCCUGAUUCCAGCAGUUUGCAUUGCAGUCUGUUCCCCAGAGCUCAUGUUCACUGUGUAGAAUCACUGUCUAUGCACUGUGCUUCUGCAGUGAUCAACCUGUAACACAGCAGUUGCAGAGGUCUAGUUUUAAAUCCACAUAACCAGAGCCUUUUAAUUUCCAAACUUGUAGCCACUAGACUCAGUCUGCACUACGUCUGGUUACAUUACUUGAGGCAGUUUAUUUGACUUUGCUUCCUUUAAGAUCAUGGAAAGAUGUGGCACAACUUUUUAUACACAUAUCUGCAAGUAAUCUCAACACAUAUUGAGUUAAAACAAUAAAUAAAAAUCUGUGGAGUUCACUUUAAUUUUCCAAUGCAGUUGACUGACCAUUGCCUGCCAUGUGUGUACGUGAAGAUGCAAUCACUUUGAGAAGUCCGUCUUUUAUAAACCAUGUGACUUAUCUUUGAUAUGCCUCUUUCAUAUGAGGUAACUCCAUUGAAAAAAAUAUUUUAAUGUUUCAACUCAUUAUUGGUUUAUUGUUUUCAAAACAUACAAAUGGGAUUUGUUGAAAAUAAUAAAAACUAUAGGCUCUUGAACAUAUUCUAUUCACAACAAUAGUGUACUGCAUUAGCUUUUCCAUUAAAAGGAGAUGUAGCCCACCUAUUCCUCUAUACACUGUAAGGACUGAAAAUGUAUGAAAUGCUUUUCUUUUACGCAUUUUGCGAUACAGCCUCAUUUACAUUUGUAUUUGACAGCCUGUUGUUUAAAUGUUGUUUCCAGUCAUUUACACAUGAAAAAACAUAUUCUAAUGUAUUGCUACUUGGCCUGAAAAGCAGCCAAUGUGUACAAUAAAACAUGCUAUGUAUGUUUCUAUGGCAACAUGUGUUUACCAUCUUUGCUGCCCUGGAUUAUACUGUAUAUAUUACACAAGAAACUUAUAAAAUGCAACUGCUAGAAGUGUGAAAACACAUAUCUUCUAAAGAUUCAGCUGAAAUAGUCAAUGAAAUAUAGAUUGUUUGCGUUCCAAAUGCUUAUUAUGUACACAAUUUUUCAUCUCGGUAUGUUUGUAGAUUUCUUUCUGAAUGCAUAAUUGUAAAU